AUGCGUCUUCUUUGUAUUGAUAAAGGCUUUAGUUUUGCGUUUAAACAACAUUUGAUGAAAUUUAAACGAGAACGAUCAAACUUCCAGAAUAAUGGCUCAGUACUAGAAGAAGAAGAAAAUCAUACAAGUUUGGACGAUUCAAUGAUUGAAAGUAAGAUAGAAACCAUGAUGGUUCAGGUUGCUGAGCCGACCAGUUCCGAUAUUGAUUAUGAACAAGAUGAAGCUUUUAUGGAAAGUGUUCGAAAAAUUGAGAAGACAAUUUUGGAAUUUCAACCUAAUGUCUUGCUGUUUUCAAGUAGAGGAGGAAAAUAUGCAUGUAAAUUAUUGAAAGAUAAUAUAUGGAACGGCCCUUGUGUCAUGAUAUCAACAUUGAUCAUUUCAUCAAUGGUUAAUUUCGAAGAAACAAAUGCAACACUGGUUUUUGCUUAUGGGCAAGACGAAAAAACUGUACCAUUUCCAAUGAUUCAACAUUUGAAACAAUGUCACAACAAUAGAAUUGUAGUUUUGAGCUAUGCUAAUGAAAGUCAUUCCAUGAAUUCCCUGGUGAAUAUUGAGAAAGACGAAGAAACAUUUCAUUUACAUCAAGCAAUAGAACAAGUAAAAACUUUGACACAAGAAUAUCGAGAGAAAGAUGAUGACAUUAUGUUCGAGGGAAAACAAUUAUCUAUUCUUCAACUUGUAUAUUUAAGUUAUUUCAUUGCCCAAGAAUGUGAGAAAAAGAACAUUGUCAAGAAUGCCAAGCUGUUACAAAGCGCUCAUUCAACUUCCAAUUUUAGACCACAAGGAGCAGCGCCAAGCUUGUUAUUGAAUCCAUCCAUGUUGAAAGGAGGAUUAACACAACUUCGAAAGAUUUAG